GGGGCGGAGCAAGAGGAAGAACACCGAGGGGGUCGGCUAGGGGAUUGCCGGGCGCUCUCGGGGACGGUGGCGAGUCGGCGUAAGCGAUGGUUUACAUUUCGAACGGACAAGUUUUGGAUAACCGGAGUCGGGCUGCAUGGAGUUUGUCAUCUAUAACUGACUUCUUCUGGGGAAUAGCAGAUUUCAUAGUUAUGUUUUUUCAGAGCAUUAUCCACCCAGAUUUGAGGAGAGGCUACACAUCUUCCUCUUCUUCAAGAUACGAUGAUGGAAGAGGACCUCCAGGAUUUCCUCGUCGUAGAAUGGGCCGAAUAACCCACUUUGGAGGUCCAAAUCCUCCACCAAUGGCUGGGGGUGGAUGAGGAAGGUAAAUGCCUGCUUUAAGAAGCAGGCAUCAGACUUCAUAUUUGCAUAACUAAAAGAACCUGAUCAAGAAUGCAGCAAAGGGAUCUGAGAGUUGCAAAUAUGUUGUCUAAAUGAUUUGACUGCUCUGUGAAUCAGCAGAACAAUGAAGUUGUACUGGGAAUUCCAUUUUCUAGGAUCCAGUGUAACUGAAAUGCAGUUUCUAUUAAAUUAAAUGCACCUGUUUACUGUCUGUUUUAAGCCUUUUGUAUAGCUGAUGGAUGUUUUGUGGUAGUUGUAAAGUUACGGAAAUACAUGACUUUGCAAAAUACUGAGUUGGAAUCAUUUAAUUGCAAUCAAUAUAUUUUAGAAUGGACAAAUUAUGCACAUGAAGACUUAAAGAAUAAUCUCAGAAUAUGUAUAUUAAGAUCAUGAACAAUGCUACAAACUUGAACUACUUGUAACAUCCUACUCAAUCUAUAUACCUUAAAAUGCUUUUGGUGAGAUUAUUACAGGUUCAACUUCUUUUUUUUAAUCUAAUUUAAACCCCCCACCCCCACCCACUCCCAAUCUUGGAUAUCUGUUAUUUUUUGAAGGAAAAUGAUGUCUUGAAAGUAAUUGAUUGUGGCUUAAAGUCAGCAGACCAUCUGUGGACAUCUAGCUAUUUCAAAACUAUAAUUCCCAUUGUUUUUCCCCAUUAUCUGUGUUACUUAUAGUUUAUGACCUGUUUCAUUUUGACCUCUUCAUUGCCAUGUUAAAUC